AUGGCAGUUCUGAUCGUAUUGUUGGUCGGUGUUUUUACCUUCGCCGUGUGGUUUGUGCAUCAACACUUCAAUUAUUGGAAACGUCGCGACAUUCCCCACGAUGCACCCAAAAUUCCAUACGGCAAUACUAGCGAGCUAAUGAAAACUAUGCAUUUAUCGGACUAUUUUAAACAAACCUACUUCAAGUAUAAGAACAAGACCGAUGGACCAUUUGUUGGAUUUUAUUUAUAUUUCAAAAAGAUGGCUAUAGUCACCGAUAUUGAUUUCGCUAAGACUGUGUUGAUCCGCGAGUUUGACAAGUUCCAUGAUCGCGGUAUAUUCCAUAACGAACGUGAUGAUCCGCUGACCGCUAACCUGGUAAACAUUGAGGGGCAAAAGUGGAAAAAUCUGCGCCAGAAGCUUACCCCCACAUUCACUUCUGGCAAAAUGAAGACCAUGUUCCCCACCAUUUUGGACGUGGGCGAUGAUCUGAUUAGGGUAUUUGGUCAAAAGGCAACAGAAAGUAAGGAUUACCUGGAGAUCACAGAUUUACUAGCCCGUUUCACCGCCGAUGUAAUCGGCACUUGUGCCUUCGGCUUAGAUUGCCACAGUUUAUCCGAUCCCAAGGCGGAAUUUGUGCAAAUGGGAACUUCUGCCAUCACCGAUCGACGUUAUGGAAAGUCGAUGGAUUUGUUUCUCUUCGGAGCCCCAAAAUUGGCGGCCAAGCUGCGAAUGAAGCAGAGUGUCCAGAAGGUCGAGGACUUUUACAUCAAUAUCAUCAAGGAUACUGUUGACUAUCGUGUGAAGAACAAGGUUAAGCGAAAUGACUUCAUGGACAUGCUGAUUGAUAUGAAAUUAAAAUACGAUAAUGGCGACAAGCUAAAUGGGUUAACCUUUAAUGAAAUCGCUGCCCAGGCUUUUAUAUUUUUCCUGGCUGGCUUUGAAACAAGCUCUACAACCAUGGGAUUUGCUCUAUAUGAGUUGGCCUUCAAUCAGAAUAUUCAGGAUAAACUAAGGGCUGAGGUGGAUAGCGUUUUGGAGAAACAUAAUGGAAAACUAGACUAUGACAGCAUGCGGGAGAUGACUUAUUUGGAGAAGGUUAUCGACGAGACCAUGCGGAAGCGUCCCGUAGUGGGUCAUUUAAUUCGCGUUGCAACUCAACGCUAUGAGCACACCAAUCCAAAGUAUUACAUUGAAAAAGGCACAGGAGUGAUUGUGCCGACCUGGGCAAUACAUCAUGAUCCCGAGUUUUACCCGGAACCGGAGAAGUUUAUCCCAGAGCGGUUCGAUGAGGAUCAGGUGCAACAGCGUCCCGCUUGCACCUUCCUGCCAUUUGGAGAUGGUCCCCGAAACUGCAUAGGUCUUCGCUUUGGUCGGAUGCAGGUCGUCGUUGGAAUGGCGCUGCUCAUCCACAACUUUAAGUUCGAGUUGCACCCUACCAAGACUGUCGUACCCUUAGAAUAUCGGACCGAUGAUAUUCUGCUGAGUUCAAAGGGGGGAAUUCAUCUAAAAGUCAGCAGAUUAGGAAAUUUCGGUGACGAUCCUAUGAUAGAAAUCCUGAAUAUGCUGCGCCGUUCGAACGAAACCCAAACUCUUUGCGAACUUUGGAUAGCUGCACUGUUGCACUGGAUUCCAAAGGCACAAGUUCCGAUCACAUCCACCGUAAACCUGGAUACCAGAUCACGAAUUUCCAGCACAGAGUCCUUCGCUACCUUCUCGUGCAUCACCGCCAUAAAUUCAUCGGCCACGGACACUACAGUCGGAUACAUGUACUUCAUUUUACCGGAUGUGAAAGUCGAGGAUAAUUUGUUCCUCAGCAAACGCCACUGGGGGCCAUCCAGAGAAGUUCGAGAAGUCCUUGACCAGAAUAUGCUUGGCCAGGUCCAGGUCAAUAACAAAUGCGGCUGGAUUCUGGAAAAGGUAGAAUCCAACGAACGGUGCUUUGCUCUCCCGGAACUUGUCGUAGUGAUCUUGGAGUAUUUGAUAUCGCGGGGCGGGCAGGAAGUGGAACGAACUUCCCCCGUGAAGGCAGUGAUUUUUCGGAUUCCCAGACGUGUGUGUGCAUGUGAUUCAGGGCAAACAGAACGACAAAAAAUAAUGCAAAACAUGUGGAUAAUUUUCCUGAUCAUCGGGCUGUUGGUGCUCGGGCUGCUGGUUCUGCUAAUUAUAGCGGCACGGUAUCAACGAGAUUAUUGGCGCUAUCUGAACAUUCCGCACGAGAGGCCGAAAAAGCUAUGGCCUAUCAUUAGGCAAAUAAUGACGCAGACACUAAGUACGGAGGCAAUGAAGGCGUCUCAUUACUCGGCCAUAUACAGCAAGUUCAAGGGAAGCGGUCCCUUCUGCGGAUUCUAUGCUCUGCUGCAGCCACGAGCCUUGAUCCUCGACCGGGAGCUAAUCAGGCAGAUAAUGAUCAAGGACUUUUGGAACUUCAACGAUCGGGGCUUGUACUGCAACCAGAAGUCGGACCCCUUGUCCGGGGAUCUCUAUGCCUUGCGGGGCCAGAGCUGGAAGGAGAUGCGCCAGAAGUUGGAUCCCAGUCUCGAAGGCGAUCGCAUGUCCUGGCUGUAUGGCUGUCUCUAUGAGGAGGCGGCUCAGCUCCUUCUGACCGUCAGCUCCACCCUAAUGAAUCAGUCCCAUUCCACUGUGCACAUCCAGAAGAUCAUGAGGCGUUACGUCCUCUCGGCCCUGGCCAACUGCGUUUUUGGCCUGGACGCCCAGCAGAGGCUAUCGUAUCCCCUGGAGGACUUUGAACAAAUGACCGAGCUGGCCCUGAAUAGCCACAAACAUGGCUACCUAAUGAAUCUGAUGAUGAUACGCUUCCCGAACUUUUGCCGACUGCUGCGCAUGCGUCGCACUCCCAAACAGGCGGAGGAGUAUUUUGUAAAACUCCUCUCGAAUAUCGUGGAACAACGUGAGGCGUCGGGAGUACGACAUCAGGACUAUCUGCAGCUGUUGAUGGAGGUCAAGGCCCUGGAGUUGAUUACGCAUCAAUAUGAAUCGGAUAAGGAGCUCGCUUUGCACCUGCAAAAUGAGUUGGCCGCCCAUGCGGUUGUGUUCUUGAAGGCGGGAUACGAGCAAACGGCCAACACUCUGUCUUAUAUACUCUACGAACUCGCCCUGCAUCCGGAACUGCAAAUCCGAGUGAGGGAGGAGAUCAAGAAGGCCAUUGAGCGGCACGAGGGUAACAUUAACUACGAGUGCAUUCAGUCGCUGUCCUUCAUGGGCCAGGUGAUAAACGAAACACUCAGAAUGCACCCCAUAACACCCUACAUCCUGCGUCGCACCCUGAACGAUUAUGCAGUUCCGGAUCAUCCGAAGUACAUGCUGGUCAAGGAGCUGUUCCUCAUCAUUCCCACGCAUGCCAUCCACCACGAUCCGGAUAUCUAUCCGGAGCCGGAGGAAUUCAAGCCAGAUCGAUGGGGUGGGCCGAGGGAUUCGCUGCAGGAGCAGGGCACCUGGUUUGGAUUCGGCGUCGGUGCUCGCAGCUGCAUCGGCAUUCAGUUUGCCCAGCUGCAACUGCGUUUGGCCUUGGCCCUACUCCUUUCCGAGUACGAGUUCUCGUUGAACUCCAGAAAACCACUGGUUAAUCUUGAGGAUGGUAUAGCGCUAACCCUGAUGCCAUUGGGGGUUAUAGAGCCCGGUAACGAGGAGAGGGCGGUAUAAGCUAGAGUGUUAAAUACGUAAGAUCACUGACAUUAGCUGAAUCACUG